CGAUUCUCCACUUUUUGUAACAUGUUCUCUGGAUGGAACUAUUAGAUUAUGGGACGCCGCUCGCAUGGAAGGCCAAAGUGUAGCCAACAGAUCAAAACAACUGUUCACUCCUCGCAUAGGUCCCUUAACGUUCGUUUCAUCAUUAGAGUCAGGAAGAACCCUGGCGUUUGCUUCGCGCAGUGGUCAAUUACAGGUAACGCGCGUGGACGCUUCUCCUAGGUACACGUCCCUGCUGAGAGGCACCAGCAGCGUCGAAUUUGGUGGAGCAAGUGGUGAUUUGGAUUUGGAUGAUUCGCCUCCUUUGGCUGCUUGCGUGACUCAACGUGGAGCAGGAUCAGUAUUAGUGUACGCCACUUUGUACGGAGGGCUUGUCGCAUGGGAUUUAAGAGCACCUGGAGUCGCUUGGCGCAUGCAAGCCGAUUUGCGCCAUGGUUUCACUACCAGUAUGUGCAUGGAUCCUGGUGAUUGCUGGCUCGCAAUUGGAACAAGUCACGGCAAACAUUCUUGCUGGGAUUUGCGUUUUCGUUUGCCGAUUGCUUCUAUUGAUCAUCCAACUAAAUCUCGUGUUCGUAAAGUAAUUUGUCAUCCAAGUCAACCGUCUUGGAUUUUAUCCAGUGUUCAAGGCAACAAUGAAGUUUCUCUUUGGAAUUUGGAAACAGGAUUUCGGCAAUCUGUGCUUUGGGCUAGCUCUGCUCCACCUUUAUCUAACACUCAGGUUUCUUCACACUCAGUAUGUGCCAUGUAUGCCGGAUGCGUGGAUCGCACUGGUUUCUUAUUAGCAGGAGGAUCCGAUCAGAGAGUUCGGUUUUGGAAUUUAGAUAGACCCGAAGAAUCUUGUUUACUCAUACCAGCCCCUAACGAUUCUUUAUCUUCUCAAGAUAUUAUUUACAAAUCGCGCCUUAUCGACGGCACAUCAGUCGUCCAGGAAGUUCCAAGUGGUCCUACCGGACGCACUAGUGGUUCGGUGUCCGGUGGCCCCGAAGAGUUACCUAGACCUGGACCAGAUGCCCCGCCUACUGGUCACCUAGCGCCUUUAGCAGAAGUAAUAUUGGUUCGUGCAGGCACGAGCGGAGGUGCUGGACAAUGCUCAAUAGUCACAGCUUCUAGAGACGGUGUUGUGAAAUUGUGGAAAUAAAUGAGCCGAUGGAUAGUGAUACAAUGGGUGAUAUAAAAUAUUUAUGAUGAUUAUUGAAGGAUAUGUAGCAAUAAAAUGUAUAUCAUUCGCCGAAAAAUUUUCUCAGUUCGCUGGCAAGUUGAAUGCUUAUAGAUCUUCUUUAUUCAACAUUUACUAAUGUACAAGUUGCAACUUUAUCAGCGCAAUUGUAUUACUUACUAAAACAGCAAAAUGUCAAGAAACAGCAAAUAAACUUAUCACCCGAAAGCUAUAAGUACUCAAAUUGUCAAUAAACUGAUACAAUCAGGUAUGUAUAAUGAAUUUUUCAAAGUAAUUCGAUUUUUUAUAGCUAAGAUUUCUAAACUAAACUAUUAAAAACCGUUUUGACACGCAAUACCUUAG